AUGUCAGAAGAAAUCGACUACGUAUGUCAGGAGAGUUCUGCAAGACUGCUGGCGAGUCCCAAGAGGAGAGCCGUUGAUGAUGGUGAAGUUGGAAUUCAAACUUCUGGAUUAAUUAAAACUCUAUCUGGGCCUGAUAACAUGGACUGUGGGCUUAAGUUAAUUGUGGAUUUGAAAUCGACCCAUGAAUGUUAUGGAUCGGAUGAGGCUCCAGUCUUGGACCCCCAGGAGUUAAUUACUACAAAGAAGGUUGUUGUGGGUGGGCCAGAUGGGAGAGUGUCAAGCCUUUUUGAGGCCCAUGACAAGGAGCCCAGCAGCAGUCUUUCAAGGCCUACACAAGGGAAGGAAAAGAUAAGAAAUAGGAGAAAAUCAAACCACACUUUUCUGGGGAAAAAGUCCUUCGACCUAUUAAGGAAGUAUGAGAGCAAAGGGGCUUCAACCAGUAGAGCAAUGCCCAAGGCUGCAGUAUGGCGGGCAGCAGUGGCGGCAAGGUCCUCAUCUGCAUCAAUGGAGGGUGGAAUUGUUAAGGGAAGGUUCGCCUUCAAUGAAGCUGAAGAAACUCUCAAGAUGGGGGAAGUUCUUGGUACCAUCUUUAACCAAUUUAAUUGUGCUAUUUUAAAUAUUUAUGCUCCUAAUGAUGUGGGCUCAAGAGGGAAUCUGUGGGACUGUCUAUUGAAAUUGAAGGAGGAAUUCCCAAAUCCUUGGUGCUUAGGAGGAGAUUUCAAUGAGAUUAGGCAGAUUGAGGAUAGGAGAGGAUGCUCUAGGAGAGAUAGGGGCAUGAAAGAAUUUAAUGAGUUCAUUGACAAGUGUGAGAUAUCUGAUUUACCACUACUUGGGAGAAGAUUCACUUGGUGUAAUUCAUUUGGUGGGGAAAAGUGGAGCAAAAUUGAUCGAAUUUUUGUAGAUCCUAAAUGGCUUGAGAUAUUUAACCUGAAGCUAUGGGGUUCACCAAGACUGGUCUCUGAUCACUGCCCUCUUCUUAUGAUGGAGGAUGAGAGGGACUGGGGUCCAAAGCCCUUUAGGAAGUUGAAGAUCUUGAAAAGUGGCCUGAGAAGCUGGAAUGUGGAGGUUUUUGGUAAUAUUGUAAACAAAUUGAAGACUGUAGAGGGUGAACUCCACAAAAUUGAUCUACUGGCUGAGGCUAGAGACCUUGAUGAUGAUGAUGAAAAAGGCAAGAGACGUGAAGUUAGAGCUGAAAUGUGGAGUUUGAGUAGGAUGGUGGAGUGGCUAUGGCUGCAAAAGUCUAGGCUUAACUGGGCGAUGAAAGGGGACAAGAAUACAAGGUUCUUCCAUGUGGUCACAAAGUGCAGAACAAUAAGAAAUGAAUUACAUUCCAUUACAGAAGGGGACGUGGUGUAUGAAGAGCCGAGGCAAGUGAAGAACAAGGUGAUGGAAUACUUUAAAAACCAGUAUACGGAACUCUGGCUAGAAAGACCUAAAUUGGGGGGUCAUUUCCCAUCAGCAGAUGGUAGAGUGAGGUUUGAUCUGUUAGAAACAGAAUUUUCAGAAGCAGAGAUUAAACUAGUAGUGAUGGAGUGUGAUAGUAAUAAAGCACCCGAACCUGAUGGCUUUAAUAUGUUGUGUUUUCAGAAGUUUUGGAAGGUCAUGAAGGGUGAGGUUGUUACUUUUGUGAAUGAAUUUCAUAGGAAUGGCAGAUCGCAAAACUUUUUGGCAAAUAGACUAAAAUCUGUUAUGCCACAUAUUAUUAGUGAGCCUCAGUCUGCGUUUCUUAGUGGUCGAAAUAUUUUAAAUGGUGUGCUGAUUGCAAAUGAGGUUGUUGAAGGCUGGAAGAAAGCCAAGAGGAAAGGAGUCCUUAUUAAGUUGGAUUUUGAAAAGGCAUAUGAUUCCAUUAAUUGGGGUUUUCUAUUCUCUAUGCUGUCUAAGUUCGGUUUUGGUGCUAAGUGGAUCAACUAG